UCGCAGCACUUUUGAACCCCUCUCUCUCUCCUCAAAUCGCAACACUUUUGAACCCCCCUCUCUCUCUCUCCUCAAAUCGCAACAUUUUUGAACCAGCCAUGUUAGAAAACUCAAGCACACCGUAUACGAAUUCAAAUUCGUAAAAUUGCAUAUUUGCUAUGAUCUUUGUAUUUCUGGCUAUUUUUUUUCCUUUUUUUUUGACUUCUUUGGUGUCUGGAAUUUUCGACAUUUGUUGACCUAGAACAAUGCCACAGUUUUGAGAAUCUAGGGUUUUAGAGCUGGUAAUCUGGGGUUUAAAAGGGAUUUGAGAGUUCUGAAAAGCUAGGGCUAGGGUUUUCUAUUCUCUGAUGCUUCGUGAUUUUUAACUGGGGUUUUGAGCAACUAGGGCAUUGUAAAUUAUUUGGAUUCUUGGGGGUUAGGGCACUAAAGUGUUCUGAGUAUGCUCGGUUUUGAGGAUCUUGGGAAAUCUGUUUUUGAUUGAGAUUAUCAAUUCAGGAAGCUUCUGAAACUCGAGGCUUUUCUGAGGAAAUUGGGAGUUUGGUUGACAUAUGUAGCACUAACGUUUAGUAGUAGUUGAAAUCCGGGGUUUUCAGAAGCCAAACCAUUUUCUUGUUUAUUGGGCUUUUGUCAGUUUAGACAUUUGUUUCGAGGGCUUGAGGUAGCUGCUACCUGUAGUUUAUUCUGUUAAAAACAGAAAAACUUCUUCAAACCAAGGGUAUCGAGGAAUUAGGGUCGUCUAUUUCCCCAGAUUGCACAUUACAGUAGACCUGCUUUUCUCGGGCUUUGCGAUAGGGCAAUCCAUAACCAGUUUUUACGGUUGAUUAAUCUUUUGUAUUGAACAUAUAGGGUUUUGAGAAGCCCGGGAAAUGUCUGCCCCAUCAAUUGCAGCAACUGCAAAUCCCAAUCCAACAAGCCCUCCCUCUAGUCUUGCACCUGCCCUGAGGCAAAGUGCAAGAAGAAGAGCUCUAGCAGUUACAGAGAAGAAAUCAAACACUGACAUACUUAGAAACGGGAAAACUGUAGAAGAGGAUUUGAGUCAUACGAUAAGAGGGGAGAUGGUUAUAGAACCCAAAGAUUUGCAGUCAAAUUCUAAAUCAAAAGAAGUAUUGGCAAAGAAAGGUGUGACGAAUCCUUUGGUUUCUCCUAGGCGUGGCAGGAAAGUUGUUACAAAGCCUGAGACACACAAGUGGGUCAAGUUUGCUAGGAUUUUCAUAAAGAAUUUAUUUCUUUUGUUGUGUCUUUUGGGGUUGGGCAAUGCUAUCAUGAGAUGGGUCAAAAGACCUGUUCAUGUUCCUUCCAUGGGGGCUUUGGACUCUGAGAAUCGAAUAACAGAGCUCGAGAGUUUCUUGAAAACAACCACUAAGAUGAUGCAGGUUCAGGUGGAGGUCAUGGAUUUGAAGAUUUCAAAUGAAAUUGGGAAUUUGAGGAGAGAGUUUGGACAAAAAGUUGAGAACCAAGAGGCUUCAUUUUCCAAUGAGAUAAAGAAUUUAGAGAGUAGGACUGUUGGGUUAGAGGAAUCACUACAUAAAUUUAGUGAUAUGGGUCUCUCUUCAAAGGAAGAUAUCGUGGGUAUGUUAAAUGAUUUGUUGCAGCAGAAGGGCUUUCACGGAAAUGACCAAGGUUUGGGCUUGGAUGAUAUUAGGACUAUGGCAAAAGAGAUUGUUGAGAAGGAAAUUGAGAAGCAUGCUGCUGAUGGGCUAGGCAGGGUGGACUAUGCAUUGGCUUCAGGAGGAGGUAAAGUGGUUAGACACUCAGAAGCUUAUUAUUUUGGCAAGGUUGGGAAUUGGCUUCCUGUUGUCAAAGGAAGAAAUGGAGUUCACGAUAAUGCACAGAAGAUGUUGGAGCCGAGCUUUGGGGAGCCUGGUCAGUGUUUUGCACUCAAAGGAAGCCACGGGUUUGUUGAGAUUAGGCUAAGGACUAGUAUUGUGCCUGAGGCUGUGACUUUGGAACAUGUCGCAAGGAGUGUUGCUUAUGACCGGACCAGUGCCCUAAAAGAAUUUCGUAUUUCGGGUUGGCCAAAUGGGCGUGAUGAGGACUCUUCGGUUGAUCAGACAGAGAGAGUCCUCCUUUUUGGUGAGUUCAAAUACGACCUCGAGAGGAGCAAUGCACAAACAUUUGACCUAAACCCAGCAAGCAGUGUGAUCAACAUUGUGAGGCUGGACUUUCUCUCUAACCAUGGGAGCCCUUCUCAUACGUGCAUAUAUCGCCUAAGGGUUCACGGGUAUGAGCCCGACUCCCUCAUGCCACUUGCCAUACAAUUGUAGGGCACAACGCACACGUGAUGCCUCUCUCUCUCUCUCUCUCUCUCUCUCUCUUUGUAGCUUGAUAUUUUGCAGUUUAUGGACCUGCGUUUUGUCAUGAUUUUCCUGUUAUGCAAUGCAUAAUUGCCUUGGCCUCUGUAAAA